AUGAAAAGCACUCCGAAGCUUUCUUCGGCACUCGUACAAAGCAGCGACUGCCCGUCGAGGCGCACUCCCAAACCGGGCGUUCUCGUUCCCGCCGCUGCCGGGCGUGGCCGUGCAGGCUGUCGGCGCGGGGAGCCGCCGCGGCGGCGCGCGCGGCCGGGCGGACCCGGUGUGAGUGUUGGUAUGCGGCGGGCGCCGCGUUUGUCCCAGGAGCUGGUGUCCAGCAACCCGAACCAGCGCAACUGGCGCGGCAUCAUGAUCGCGCUGCUGGUGAUCGUGGCGGUGCUGGCGCUCAUCGUCACCUCGGUGGUGCUGCUGACGCCGCCCGACGAGGGCCCGCGCGUGCGCGGCCGGCGCUUUCGCCUCGGCGACAUCCUCGGGCCCGAGCUGGCCGCGCUGCGCUUCAACGGCUCCUGGGUGUCGGGUGAAGAACUACUCUUCCGAGACCAAUGGGGCGGUAUCAGUCUACUCAAUGCCGCCAACCUCACCACACGAACCGUCAUGUCGAAUACAACUUUCAAACAUUGGAAUCCUCUACGGUUUACCAUGUCACCAGACCAUAAGUACAUUCUAAUGGCACACAAUGUGCAGAAGCUUUUCCGGUACUCCUACCUGGCGCAGUACACGGUCUAUGACAUCGCUACCAUGGACACGUACCCGCUGUCGCCGGGCGCGGACGCGGACGACGGCGGCGCGCAGCCCUACCUGCUGCUGGCGGCGUGGGUGCCGCGCGGCCUGGGCGUCGUCAUGGUGCACAACUACGACAUCUACUACCGGCCCGACCCGGCGGCGCGCGGCCCGGCGGACGUGUACGUGACGGCGGCCACGUGGGUGAGCGAGACGUCGGUGGCGGUCGUGUGGUUGAACCGGCCGCAGAACUUGUCGCUCAUCACGGUGUGCAAGGGGCCCAUGUGGUACUGCAUGGAGACGCAGCGCGUGAGCGGCGAGGGCCGCGGCUGGGUGGACGCCGGCGCCGCGCCGCUCUUCUCCGCCGACGGCAGCAGCUACGUGACGCUGGCGCCCGUGCGCGACGGCGCCGCCGGCUACUUCCGCCACGUGGUGCACGUGAACGUGGCGCGGCGCCGCCCGCUGCCGCUGACGCGCGGCCGCUGCGACGUGGUGCGCCUGCUCGCCUGGGACCACGCCGACCAGCACCUCCUAUCGCUGGGACGUGAUGGGGCUGCUGGUGCGGCCGUGCCUAUACCACAACGCCAUCUUCAGCCCGGGCCUCAACUACCUGCUGCUGGCGACGCGGGGCGCGGAGGCGGCGGCGGCAGCGGCAGCGGGGGGGGGGUGGCGGCGGGGCGGCAACGGGUGGGGGGCGGCGCGGGGCCGGGGCUGAACGUGGGCCCGGGGCCGGGCGCGGGGCCGGGGCGGGGCUCGCGGGCGGCCGGCGGCGGGAACCGCCCGCGCCUGCUCGCCACCCUGCAGAACAACUCGGCGCUGGUGGAGCGCGCGUCCAAGAUGGCGCUGCCGCAGGUGAAGACGUUCCCCGUGCAGAUCUCGGGCGGCUACCACGCGCAGGUGCGCCUCCACCUGCCGCCCGGGCUGCGCGAGGACGAGAUCACGCGCUACCCGCUCGUCGUGCAAGUAUACCUGCGCGAUUCGCUGCACUUCGUGGACCCGCGCCGCGUGGCCGUGUGGGGCUGGAGCUAUGGCGGCUUCGUGGCGGCGAUGGCGCUGGCGCGGGAGCAGGACGUGUUCCACUGCGGCAUCUCCGUCGCGCCCGUCACCACGUGGCGCCUCUACGACUCGGCGUACACGGAGCGCUACAUGGGGCUGCCCAACCUGACGGGCAACUACAAGGGCUACGAGGAGGCGGACGUGAGCCAGCGCGUGGAGCGGCUGCGCGACAAGAUGUUCUACCUGGUGCACGGCACCGCGGACGACAACGUGCACUUCCAGCAGAGCAUGGCGCUGGCGCGGGCGCUGGCCAACAAGGGCGUGCUCUUCCGGCAGCAGGUGUACCCCGACGAAAGCCACAGCCUGAGCGGCGUCAAGCGCCACCUGUAUCGCUCCAUGGCCAACUUCCUGGACGACUGCUUUCGCAAACAGGUGCCUCCGGACCAGAAGGCGGGGCUGCGCAACGGGGGCGGCGGGGGCGGGUUCGUCGGCGACUGAAGCGGCGGCAACUGAACGCUCGCCACGCCGCGCCCGCGCCCGCGCCAUCGCCCGCGCCCCGCCCACCCCGUCGCCCCCGCGGGUCCG